UAUUAGGCUUCAUUUUCGGUUGAAGCCGUUGAACGGUGCCGUCGCGUGGCAUGAGUGUCAAAGGUCGCGCGUUGUUAAUUUUGUCGUUUGUCGUUCCGUGAACCACAUUUUUUUUUAUUUUAUUUUAUUUUUUUUAUAAAUAUACAUUCAUCUUGCAGCAUGAUGUACAGACUUUUUCUUCCUAUUUUUGUUUUAACUAUAGAUCAUUCGAUAUGUAUGCUUAGAUAUAACGAAGACCACUCCAGGGCUCCGUCGUUUUUAAUGGAACCUCCGGUUAGAAUAGAAUUUUCAAAUAGUAGCGGUAGUUGGAUAGACUGUACCGCAGAUGGUCAUCCUAGCCCUAAAAUAGAGUGGACAACCACCGAUGGUACACCAGCUGUGGAUAUUGCUGGGAUUAGAAACGUACUGAGAAAUGGUACUCUUGUGUUUCCGCCUUUUUCGGCUGAAGAAUAUAGGCAAGAUGUUCAUUCUGCCAUUUAUCGAUGUGUAGCUACGAAUAGCGUCGGCUCUAUUAUAAGUCGUGAUGUUCAAGUACGUGGAGUGGUAAAUCAAGCGUACAAAGUGAUCGCAAAUAUUUUAAAUGCUGCCCGAGGUUGCACUGCCGUCUUACAAUGUUCAAUUCCUAUUUUCAUAAAAGAUUUUGUAAAAGUGGUAUCGUGGUCGCAAGAACCAUCGUUUCAUAUCUAUCCAUCGCUACAAGGAGAUGGAAAAUUUCACGCAUUACCAACUGGGGAGUUACUCGUACACAAUGUAGAUUAUAAUGAUAAAUACCAAACGUACAGAUGUAGAACCAUUAAUCGUCUGACGAAAGAAGUUGUAUCAAGUUCCGGAGUGAACUUGAGAUUAUUAGAAAAUCGUGGCAUUGCACCUCCGGCUAUAGUAAGUCAUACUUCAUCGGUUCAAGUUCCUCAAGAUGAAGGUGCAGUUUUAGUUUGUAUUGCUCAAGGGUGUCCUACGCCAGAAUAUAGGUGGUACCACGUCCAACACGGCUCCGAAGCAGUAUUCGUGUUACCAGGUCCUCGUACCAGAGUUCUAGGACCUGUAUUAGCGGUGGAGGCGGCAUCUCCCGACGACUCGGGCAUGUACAAAUGCACAGCCAGCAAUAGUGGCGGAGAUGCGAACGCUGAAGUGCAAUUAAUCGUAACGACACCACUUCAAGUGGAAGUAACGCCAUCCGUACAAACAGUAAAUAUGGGCGGAAUGGCAGAAUUCCGAUGUACCGUACCCUCAUUUCACGGUUCCGGAUUACAUUUACUUUCGUGGUACAAAAACGGUCGAGUAUUUCCUGGAAGGCCGAAUGGCGACACCUUGAUAAUUACCAGCGUGACCCGAGAAGAUCGAGGCAUGUAUCAAUGUGUGGUUCGCAGAGCCGAAGGAGAAACUGCUCAAAGUGUCGCCGAACUCAAACUAGGCGAUGCUGCUCCUGUGCUCACGUAUACGUUUAUAGAACAAACUUUACAACCAGGGCCGGAAAUUUCUUUAAAAUGCAGUGCCACCGGAAAUCCUACACCGAAUAUAAAAUGGACAUUGGAUGGGUUUAGUUUACCAGAUAACGAAAGAUUUCGAAUUGGUCAGUAUGGUACCGUUCAAGGGGAUGUGGUUAGUCAUACAAACAUUAGCCACGUAACCGCAGAAGAUGGAGGUGAAUAUUCAUGCAUAGCUGAGAAUAGAGCUGGAAAAACGACGCAUUCUGCCAGACUGAAUAUAUAUGGUUUACCUUAUAUUAGACCAAUUCCAAAAAUAACAGCUGUGGCAGGUGAAGUUUUGCAACUGAAAUGUCCAGUAUCCGGUUACCCAAUUGAACAGAUAACGUGGGAAAAAGAUAGACGUGAAUUACCAAUAGAUUUAAGACAGAAAAUAAUGAAUGGAGUUCUGUACAUCGAACCUGUUCAAAAAGCUACAGAUUCAGGAACUUACACAUGUAACGCUCGCAAUAAACAGGGUCAAAGUGCCAGAAGAAGCGGAGAGAUUUUUGUCAUAGUUCCUCCUAGUAUUGAGCCUUUUUAUUUUCCGACGGAUGGUUUACAAGAAGGCUCUAGAACAAGAGUUGUGUGCGGCAUAAGUCGAGGAGAUCCUCCCCUUGAAAUUAGUUGGCUUAAAGACGGUUCGGCCGUUUCUUCAAAAAACGGAGUCAACAUAUCUACUCUUGACCCGUAUUCUAGUCUGCUCAGCAUUUCUAGCCUAACGGCGUCACAUUCCGGUGAAUAUACUUGCGUAGCGGUCAAUCCCGCUGCACAAGUGAGGUACUCCUCAAAACUUCAGGUUAAAGUUCCACCUAAGUGGAUUGUUGAGCCAACUGACGUUAAUGUGGAAAGAAACAAACAUGCGGUAAUCGAUUGCCAAGCGGAUGGUGUCCCAACGCCUACAUUGCUAUGGAAAAAAGCCAUAAGUGAUAAGUCGGGUGAUUAUAGUGAAAUUCGCGAAAGCUCCACUAUGAGAAUUUUGAGCAAUGGUUCUCUCAUGUUACAAAACGUUAAAGAAAAUAUGGAAGGAUUUUAUUUAUGUCAGGCUUCAAAUGGUAUUGGAAAUGCGAUUGGAAAAGUUGUUCAAGUAAAAGUCAGAUCUUCACCCUUUUUUGCUGCUCCUUCAAGAACGGUAUCUGUUAAAAGAGGGGAUACAGCUACUUUACAAUGUAACGUUAACGGAGAUAAGCCUAUUACGGUGAAAUGGAUUCGACAUGGAAAAUCCGAAAUUUCAUCCACUAAUAAUUACAGAAUUUCUAUCCGACAAGAUUCCACAACUGAUGGUGUUUUAGCCGAAAUGCAAAUUUUAGGAACGGAAAGUAGUGAUGCUGGAGCAUAUUUUUGUCAGGCUAGUAAUCUGUAUGGGAAAGAGCAACAAUUAGUGAAUUUGCAUGUUCAAGAACCUCCAGAAAGUCCAACAGAUUUGAAAGCUGUCAUGGUAAACAGUCAAGCCGUUAAUAUACAAUGGCAACAUCAUUCCGGACACGAAGGAGAAGUAUCAAAAUAUGUUGUCCAAUACAGACGAUCAGAUGACUCUUGGCAAUUCGCUGAAGUGAGCAGUCAGCUGAGAGGAACUUUAAUUGAGGAGCUUCGCCCGGCUACCCAAUACAGAUUUCGAGUCGUAGCUGAGGGUACAGCUGGGCAGAGUAAACCCAGUGAGGAAAUUGUGGUUACAACCGAACCUCAAAAACCAUCAGGUCCUCCGCUUAAUAUCCAAAUACAAUCGGUUUCAUCCACUGAAUUAGUUGUGACUUGGUCUGCUCCUCAAACCGAUUUGCGCAAUGGAGAGAUUCUAGGAUACAACGUUGGUUUUCGAGAGGAAAGGUUAGUUUUCAUUGGAUUCGUCAAUGGCACACGAUGUUUCUUCCUUAUUGAGAAAUUUUCUUUCCUAUGCAGCGCUCAGUCUUCGAAUUUCAAUACAACAAAAGUUAUGAGCGAGGGAGAAACUUACGAAGAGAUCCUUUUGAAAAAUCUACUGAAAUAUACCAGGUAUUUGGUCAUCGUUCAAGCUUUCAAUCAAGUUGGCGAAGGUCCUUUCUCUGAGCCUGUCACUGCUCAAACUUUGGAGGAUGUUCCCAGUUUGCCUCCUACAAAUGUGCUGUGUACAGCUUUGAGUUCCCAAUCACUACAAAUCACAUGGCUUUCACCUUCACUCCAGUCAUGUAACGGUGUUUUGCAGGGUUAUAAAAUCCAAUACGAUUCUUUGAGUCAAGGCGUUGAUGAUUAUGGUGUUCGCAAAACUACUGCGUUGACAAUUGUUCUCACUAAUUUACACAGAUUUACUAAUUAUAGUAUCGAAAUAUUGGCGUAUACGAAAGUUGGAGAUGGUGUUUACAGUAAACCGAUUUAUUGUCUCACAGAUGAAGAUGCUCCCGGGCCUCCUGAAGAUAUAAAAGCUUUUCCAACAACUUCUCAAUCACUGCUGAUUUCAUGGUUGCCGCCUGCUGAGCCAAACGGCGUAAUAACAAAAUACAAUUUGUACACGAGAAUUGUAGAAGGCACUGAAGAAAUAAAUCAUCGUAAGCUCAACUUACCAGGAAGUCAUACCACGUACGAAAUGAAAAACGCCCAACAACAAGUAGAAUAUCAAUUUUGGAUCACUGCUGUGACUCGAGUUGGUGAAGGGCAAAGUUCUUCUGUAGUUUCACAGACUGCAAGUUCAAAAAUUCCCGCUAGGAUAUCUUCUUUUGGAACAAGAAUACUCAGACAGUGGCAUUCCUCGGUUACAAUGACUUGUUCGAUGUUUGGUUCCCCGCCUCCAAGAAUACAAUGGCUGAAAGGAGAAUAUCCGGUUCAAAAUUCUCGAAAUUUGAUUUUAAAAGAAAAUGGCGAAAUUUCGCUCUCUAAUCUAAUGCGAACUGAUACCAAUAAUUAUACUUGCUCCGCUCAGAAUAAAUUGGGCUCAGAUUCUAUCACCUAUCAACUCAUUGUUCAAGUUCCUCCAAGUGCUCCAUUACUAUACAUAUCCAGUUCUACCUCAAAUAGUAUUUUAUUCCAUUGGAAACUCACCGAUAAUGGAGAUUCGCCCAUUACUUCGUAUACUAUGAAAUAUAAAAAAGCUACUGAAACUUUAAACCAAAUUACAUUGCCGAGAAAAAUAACCUCGCACGAAUUAAAGGGAUUAACAUGCGGCAGUACAUAUCAAGUACAUAUGAUAGCGACUAACAAAUUAGGCUCGUCAAAACCCAGUAAUACUUUAACCGUAAGAACUCAGGGUCAAAAACCAGGCAUACCUCAAAGAUCGAUUUUUAUUUCUCCCAAUUCUACUUUCGUUUUGCUGAAUUUACACGUUUGGCCUGAUAAUGGCUGUCCAAUUUUAUAUUUUGUAAUAAAAUAUCGUCAACAGAAUGAUAUCGAUUGGAUUAUAGUUUCAAAUUCAAUGAAACCGCAGCGAAAAGCAGUUAUUCCUGGGUUACUUCCUGCUACCGAGUAUCAUAUUCAAGUUGAAGGAUAUAAUACAGCCGGAUCUUCGGCUGGAGAUUUUUACUUUUUCACUCUAACUAAAAAUGGAGAAAUUCCGCCCCCAGAAUCUGUUAAAAAAGGCGAACUCUCAAGACCUUUUUUUAUGAGUACCAGCUUCGUGAUUCCAAUUUUAAUUACUAUUGCAUUUGUUACCACUGUUGGCAUGAUUCUGGUGUUCUUUUGUUGGAGAAGUAAAUCCAGAGAUAUCAGAAAAGAUUCUAUUGACAAUGAUCAUAAUUUAGUCGCUCAAAGAGAAAGAUUUUAUGCGACUCUUCAGAAAGUACAAGAGGAAGUGCCUGAUAAAAUACCAGAAUCAGCAUCAGAUAUUUCACCUUAUGCCACAUUUCAGUUGGGUGACGCUAGCAAUACACUUUUACAUAACAUGAUGUAUCAAGACCACGAAUUAAUGGAAGGAGCUCCAACGCCUCAAACAACUAUUUGUAAAACAAGAAGAAUACGCAGAAGAAGCAGCCGAAGAGCUGAGACAGCAUUGGAAACAGAUGAGUCUGAUUCCGAUAUGGAUCAACCGACUUCUAGUCGAACAGAGUCUUCCAAUCAGUUGGAUUCAACUUUAAAAAAUAAACAAAAUUAUAUCUAUCACGGAGCUCAAUCAUGUACAUCGUCCGACAUGUCGCCGCGAUCUGAUCAUAAAUCCUUAUCACAUCGUGGAGUAAAACCAAACAAAUGGAUAGUUCCAAAUAAAACAUUUCGAUCUAUUUCGGUAGCGGAAACUUCAUUUCAUGGCAGAUCGGAGCUUAGCGAAGCUGAAUGUGAUUUAGAUACGGUUAAAAAAAUGAAAUUUGGUGCUCGAUCGAGUCUUUGGUCAAGGCCAUCAGCGAGGAGAGGAGAUCAUACGGAUUAUUCUAUAGCCGUAUGAAAAAAAUUUCGUUGGUUACCAUGAAAAAUAUAUGCAUGAUAUUUUGUAUGAUUACUUCCUGUAAUAUCUAGUGAAAUAAUUUUUUUAAAUUAUUGUUAUUUAAAAAAAAUUUGUUACGAGUAUCGAGAAAAAAAGAGGGGGAAAACGCAUUAACGUUCGCAGUAAACCAAAUGACAAGAAAAUGUAGUUACCACGUCAUGUGGUAUUCAAAAUUUAAAAAUUUACGUAUUUCUUUCAAAUUUACUGGACAUGAGCAACGAAUAAAACAAAAUAGUAGAUGGAUUAUAACAUAUCAGCGCAAUAGGA